GUGGCGGCAUUGAUGAAUUUGGGUUGUUAGGUAAAUGAAUUCCAUGUGAGGACCACCUAAUCUAGGUUGCAGGCAGCUACCAGACCAGGCUCAACAACUGACCUCGGCUGCAUAUGAAUGAGAUUGAGAUCAUCCAUCACACUUUCCAAAGCAAAAACAGCAUUGUAGUAUUUGCCACAGGCCGGUGAUGGUAGAUGGAAAUGGCGAGUAAUGCAACGUUGUUCGAGGAGAGAGUGAAGGAGGCUCUGAAACGCUGCCAGGAGAGGAGGGAGCCGCCGCUGAUAUGGGCGACGGAGAUGGUCAAAUGCCUGGACUCGGCGGGCCUAGGGCUGCCCAGCGUGGAGUUAGGGCAAGUUUUGGUGUCUCAGCUCUGCUUCGCCCACAACAGUCCCUCUAUGUGGAAGUUCUUGGACCAUGCCCUCUCCUCUCGCCUUCUCUCUCCCCUUCAUGUCCUCUCUCUUCUCACUUCCAGGAUUAUACCUCAUCGGUGGUCUCAACCAGAAGCUUAUAGACUCUAUCUUGAACUUUUAAGUCGAUAUGCUUUCUCAUUUGAUCCGGUGGAGCCAGAUGCUUCCAAAGAGAGGAUAAUCAAAUCAGUUGAUGCUGCCCUUCAGCUUUCCAAGACUUACCAGGUUCAUGUACUGGAGCUUGGACAUACAAUGGUUUUGUUCUUUUUCAGCAUUGUUGUUGGCUUAUUAGAUAGCACCUUGGAUGAUUGGGGCUUGCCAGUGACAUUUCUGGACAGAGCAAGUGGAGUUGCCAGAAGUGGAGACUACCUGAAUAUGGACAUCGACUCUAAAGGAAAUAAAAACUUCAAGCAAAGCGAACAUCGUGAGCAAAUGAGGAGAACAAAUUCUUUCUUGGCGAUGGAGGUAUUAGGCACACUAACGGAAAAUAGAAAAGCUAAGGUUCUGCUCCGCCUUGUCCACUUGAACAUGCCUGAAGGCUUCAAUGGCCUCCUGCGAAGGAUUCAGUUUCUUGAAGCUCAUAAACUGGCAUCAUCAAUUUUAAAGUCCGCUAAUCAACUUUUGGUAAGACUUUCUGCAAACAUCCGAGGAGUUCUGGAUUUUGAGUAUCAGUUGAACAAGCGCCAGCUCAUUGGAAUGCUUAUUGAUAUUGGGUCAAAUAAGUUGGUCUCUGGCUGCAAUUUUGAAGCUGUUCAGUCUGCAUGUUGGGUUCCAUUUGAUAUUUAUAUGGAGAAUGUGAUGGAUGUAAAACAACUUCCAGUCAGAUCAACUAUUGUCAUACUUAGAGAAACUAUUCGUACGCUACAAGGAUUUAAUCGGGCAAGCUGGCAAGAAACCUUCCUAGCGCUCUGGCUUUCAGCCCUUCGGCUUGUGCAGCGAGAGCGUGAUCCUUUGGAAGGACCUAUUCCACAUCUUGAGUCCCGUCUUUGUAUGCUUUUGUCUAUUGCCCCCUUGGCAAUUACUCAGCUUCUGGAGGAUGAGGUCAAUUCUUAUAACUCUUCUUCUCAAGGAGGUAGAGAAUAUGGAUAUACAGAGAUUGGAUAUGGACAUGAAAUGGAUAGGAAAUGUCAUGCUUCAAGAAAACAUGGACUGAUUUCCUCUCUUCAAGUCCUUGGACACUUUUCUGCACUCUUAUGCCCUCCCUCAUCGAUUGCUGAUGCAGCAAAUCUUGCAGCUGCAAAAGCAGCAGGCUUCAUUUCUAAUUCCAAGAAUGGUAAGGACAGUUUAGGCGGAGGCAGUCAUGGCAAUACCAUUGUGAAAUCAGGUGGCAACAUGAGGCACCUCAUAGUGGAAGCUUGCAUUGCAAGAAAGUUAAUUGAUACAUCAGCAUAUUUCUGGCCUGGCUAUGUGUCUGCAUCUGUAAUCUCAAUGUCAGAUUCAUCACCAAUUCAAGGAUCUCCUUGGUCAACAUUUAUGGAAGGAGCUCCUUUGACAGGCCCUCUAAUUGAUGCUCUUAUUGCGAUUCCUGCAUCAAGUUUAGCGGAGUUAGAGAAGUUAUAUCAUGUUGCACUAAAUGGUUCGGAAGAGGAGAAGUCAGCGGCUGCAAAGAUUCUAUGUGGUGCAUCUCUCAGACGUGGAUGGAAUAUUCAGGAACAUGUGGUACACUAUAUGGUGAAGCUUCUCUCUCCUCCUAUACCUCCCAAUUUUACUGGAACAAGGAGCCAUUUAAUUGAUUACCUGCCCAUGUUAAGUGCCAUUCUUUUUGAGGCUUCCUCUAUUGAUACUGUGCAUAUACUUUCCUUUCAUGGUGUGGUCCCUGAAGUUGCAGCUGCUCUAAUGCCGCUUUGUGAGGCUUUUGGGUCAGUCACACCAACCUCAAAUCAUAAAUCAAGCAUGGGCGAUGAGCUCUCAAUUUACAUGGUUUUUUCAUCUGCAUUUCUCUUUCUUCUUCGUCUGUGGAAAUUCUAUAAACCCCCCCUUGAGCAGUGUAUCUCAGGACGAGGAAGAGCAAUUGGUAGUGAGCUUACUCUGGAGUAUCUUUUGAUAUUGCGCAAUAACCGUAUUGCCUCACAUAAUUCUGCUGCACAUGAUGAAACGAGUAGCAGUUUGAACCGGAUUGAAUCAACAUCAGAUAAACCUGUUUAUAUAGAUUCUUAUCCAAAAUUGCGAGCCUGGUAUUGUCAAAACAGAUCUUGUAUUGCCUCAACUCUAUCUGGCCUAUGUAAUGGAAGUCCGGUUCAUCAAGUUGCUAAUAAGAUCUUAAAUAUGAUUUACUGGAAAAUGACUAAAAGUGGGGCCUCAUCAGGUAAUCCUUCAACACCAUCAGGCAGUAGCAUAAGUGGGAGCACUGCCAGUACUGGAGAAGAUGCUUACCAAAGGCCUAUGCUCCCUGCAUGGGAGGUGUUGGAAGCUGUCCCUUUGGUGCUUGAGGCAAUUUUAACAGCUUGUGCCCAUGGAAUACUUUCAUCACGGGACUUGACAACAGGUCUCAGGGACCUCGUUGACUUUCUGCCUGCUUCUCUUGUAGUUAUUAUUAGUUACUUUUCUGCAGAAGUUUCUCGUGGUAUAUGGAAACUAGUCCCAAUGAACGGAAAGGACUGGCCUAGUCCAGCAGCAAACCUUCUAUCAGUUGAAUCUGAAAUAAAGGAAAUACUUGCAGCCAUGGGCGUUGAUGCUCCCAGAUGUAGUCCUGGGGAUUCAACUGCAAUGCUUCCAUUGCCAAUGGCAGCUCUUGUCAGUUUAACGAUUACAUUCAAACUGGACAAGAGGUUGGAGUACAUCCAUGCUGUUGCUGGAACUUCCUUGGCAAACUGUGCAUCAUCAUGCCCUUGGCCUAGCAUGCCUAUAAUUGGCUCCUUGUGGGUGCAGAAGGUGCGCCGUUGGCAUAAUUUCAUUGUUGGAUCAUGUUCUCUCUCUGUAUUCAGACAAGAUAAAAAAGCUGUUGCCCAGCUCCUGAGGAGUUGCUUCACCUCUUUCCUUGGAUUAUUCCAUGUUUCAAAGUCUCCAUUAGCCGGUCAAAAUGGAGUUGUUGGUCUGUUGGGUGACAUUAACUGGGCUCAUUGUCCUUCCAUAGCACCUGGACUCCUUUACCUCCGGUCUUGUCGGACUAUCCACAAUGUCCAAUAUGUAAAUCAUGUGAUUAUAGGGCUUGUAGCUGAGUUUGCUCGGGAAUUGGCUUCCAGAUGGGCUAGCAAGGACUCCCAACAAUUGAAGUCUAGUCAAUCAUCUCUAGCCUUAGCCACCACCAAGGUUAAGGAGGUGGCCACUCUUGGCGCUAGCCUAUUAUGUGUGACAGGAGGCAUUCAACUGGUCCAAGAAUUGUAUCAGGAGACUCUCCCAACCUGGCUGCUCUCCACAAGGGAAGAGAAACUUGGUGAGGUGAGUUCUGUUUCCCGUAUAAUGGAGGGAUAUGCCAUGGCAUAUUUAUUGGUCUUGUCUGGUUCUUUUAUAUGGGGUCUUGGGGCAAGACCUCCCUCAUGGACAUUCUCUAUAAGAGCUCGUAUUGUCAGGACUCACUUGGACUUUUUGGCUGGGGUAUUGGAGGGAAACAUAUCACUUGGAUGUGAUCCUGCUACUUGGAAAUCCUACGUCUCUUGUUUAGUGGGUUUAUUAGUGAGUCUUGCGCCAACGUGGAUUCGGGAUGUAAAGCGAGAAACACUAAGAAAACUGGCCAAUGGAUUGAGAGGAUGGCAUGAAUGUGAGCUAGCUCUUUCCCUCCUUGAGAAAGGUGGGCCUGCAACCUUAGGGUCUGCAGCUGAACUAGUAAAUGUAAUCAACUAAGUCUGAAUCGCAAAUCCAUUACGUCACUUGGUUAGCGACUUCUGUUUUUAGUAGCAUACGAGUCUUUCUUUUGCAUCUGCUCCUUGUUGCAAAAUUCUCAAGGAGGUUAAAUUUUUAAGGUGGACCUACCUUCCUAAAA